GCGGCGGUGGUGGCGGCGCCUGGGAGGCAGCGGCAGCAACAGCAGCAGUCCUGAGGAGGGUGAGACGGCCGCCGUGGCGGCAGCUCGGAAGUCGGGCGGGACCGGGAGCUUCCCGACUGCCCCUGGCGCUGAGGCUUUUGCCUUUUCUUAGCCUGCUUCUUCCUCACGGCCCUGGCUAGGGCUGGGCAGCGCGCCCCCGGGGAGGGGCGGAGCUGUAGAUAUGGUGUAAGGUAUUUCUUCAAGACUGGACACCUGAAGACCUGUUAUUUCUGAUUAGCCUUAAGCAGACUUAAAGCCAUUGAGAAACCUCACAGAAUUUCAUAUAUUGCUUUCUGCUUUACAUCUUUCUUGGCAUCUAAGUUCAGCCUGCAACCAUGUAUGGAAGUGCUCGCUCAGUUGGGAAGGUGGAACCAAGCAACCAGAGCCCUGGGCGUUCACCUAGGCUUCCACGUUCUCCUCGCUUGGGUCAUCGUCGAACCAAUAGUACAGGAGGGAGUUCUGGAAGCAGUGUUGGAGGUGGCAGUGGGAAAACCCUUUCAAUGGAGAAUAUCCAAUCCUUAAAUGCUGCCUAUGCCACGUCUGGCCCUAUGUACCUAAGUGACCAUGAAAAUGUGGGUUCGGAAACACCUAAAAGCACCAUGACACUUGGCCGUUCUGGGGGACGUCUGCCAUAUGGUGUCAGGAUGACUGCUAUGGGCAGUAGCCCCAAUAUAGCUAGCAGUGGGGUUGCUAGUGACACCAUAGCAUUUGGAGAGCAUCACCUCCCUCCUGUGAGUAUGGCAUCCACUGUUCCUCACUCUCUUCGUCAGGCAAGAGAUAAUACAAUCAUGGAUCUGCAGACACAGCUGAAGGAAGUACUAAGAGAAAAUGAUCUCUUGCGGAAGGACGUGGAAGUAAAGGAGAGCAAAUUAAGUUCUUCAAUGAAUAGCAUCAAGACUUUUUGGAGCCCAGAGCUGAAGAAAGAACGAGCCUUGAGAAAAGAUGAAGCUUCCAAAAUCACAAUUUGGAAGGAACAGUAUAGAGUUGUGCAGGAGGAAAACCAGCACAUGCAGAUGACAAUCCAGGCUCUCCAGGAUGAAUUGCGGAUCCAGAGGGACCUGAACCAGCUGUUCCAGCAGGAUAGUAGCAGUAGGACUGGUGAACCUUUUGUGGCAGAGCUGACGGAGGAGAACUUUCAGAGGUUACAUGCUGAGCAUGAGCGGCAGGCCAAAGAGCUGUUCCUUCUUCGAAAGACUUUGGAAGAAAUGGAGCUUCGUAUUGAGACUCAGAAGCAAACCCUAAAUGCUCGGGAUGAAUCCAUCAAGAAACUUCUGGAGAUGUUGCAGAGCAAAGGACUUUCUGCUAAGGCUACUGAAGAAGAUCAUGAGAGAACAAGACGACUGGCAGAGGCAGAGAUGCACGUCCACCACCUGGAAAGCCUUUUGGAGCAGAAGGAAAAAGAGAACAGUAUGUUGAGAGAGGAGAUGCAUCGGAGAUUUGAGAAUGCUCCUGACUCUGCUAAAACAAAAGCUCUGCAAACUGUUAUUGAAAUGAAGGAUUCAAAAAUUUCAUCUAUGGAGCGUGGACUCAGAGACUUGGAGGAGGAAAUUCAGAUGCUGAAAUCAAAUGGGGCCUUGAGUACUGAAGAACGGGAGGAAGAAAUGAAACAAAUGGAGGUCUAUCGGAGCCAUUCUAAAUUUAUGAAAAAUAAGGUAGAGCAACUGAAGGAAGAGCUAAGUUCGAAAGAGGCUCAAGGGGAGGAGCUGAAAAAGAGAGCGGCUGGUCUUCAGGCUGAGGUCUUUGCCAUUGGUCAGGUGAAGCAGGAGCUGUCCAGAAAGGACACGGAACUACUAGCUCUACAGACAAAGCUAGAAACACUCACAAACCAGUUCUCAGACAGUAAGCAACACAUUGAAGUGCUGAAGGAGUCCUUGACUGCUAAAGAACAAAGGGCUGCCAUCCUACAGACCGAGGUGGAUGCUCUCCGAUUGCGUUUGGAAGAGAAGGAAACGAUGCUGAAUAAGAAGACAAAACAAAUUCAGGAUAUGGCUGAGGAGAAGGGGACACAAGCUGGAGAGAUACAUGACCUCAAGGACAUGCUGGAUGUGAAGGAACGGAAGGUUAAUGUUCUUCAGAAGAAGAUUGAAAAUCUUCAAGAGCAACUUAGAGAUAAAGAAAAGCAAAUGAGCAGCUUGAAAGAACGAGUCAAAUCCUUGCAGGCCGAUACUACCAACACCGACACUGCCUUGACAACUUUGGAAGAAGCCCUUGCAGAGAAAGAGCGGACAAUUGAACGCUUAAAGGAACAGCGGGACAGAGAUGAGCGAGAGAAGCAAGAGGAAAUUGAUAACUACAAAAAAGAUCUUAAAGACUUGAAAGAAAAAGUCAGCUUAUUGCAAGGCGACCUCUCAGAGAAAGAGGCUUCACUUUUGGAUCUGAAAGAGCAUGCUUCUUCCCUGGCUUCCUCAGGACUGAAAAAGGAUUCACGACUUAAGACACUAGAGAUUGCUUUAGAACAGAAGAAGGAGGAAUGUCUGAAAAUGGAAUCACAGUUGAAAAAGGCACAUGAGGCAACAUUGGAAGCCAGAGCCAGUCCAGAGAUGAGUGACCGAAUACAGCAGUUGGAGAGAGAGAUUGCCAGGUACAAAGAUGAAUCUAGCAAGGCCCAGGCAGAAGUUGAUCGCCUCUUGGAAAUCUUGAAAGAAGUGGAAAAUGAGAAGAAUGACAAAGAUAAGAAGAUUGCUGAGUUGGAAAGUCUCACUUCAAGGCAAGUGAAAGACCAGAAUAAGAAGGUAGCAAAUCUGAAGCACAAGGAACAGGUGGAAAAGAAGAAGAGUGCGCAGAUGCUUGAGGAGGCGCGACGAAGGGAGGACAAUCUCAAUGAUAGCUCCCAACAGCUACAGGACAGUCUCCGUAAGAAGGAUGACAGGAUUGAAGAGCUGGAAGAAGCACUAAGAGAAAGUGUACAGAUAACUGCAGAGCGAGAAAUGGUGCUAGCACAAGAGGAAUCAGCCAGGACCAGUGCUGAAAACCAGGUGGAGGAGUUGCUGAUGGCCAUGGAGAAAGUAAAGCAGGAACUGGAGUCCAUGAAAGCAAAGCUGUCUUCUACCCAACAGUCUCUGGCAGAAAAGGAAACUCAUUUGACCAAUCUUCGAGCGGAGAGAAGGAAACACUUAGAGGAAGUUCUGGAGAUGAAGCAAGAAGCUCUUCUGGCUGCCAUUAGUGAAAAAGAUGCCAACAUAGCUCUUUUGGAGCUUUCAUCCUCUAAGAAAAAAACCCAAGAGGAAGUGGCUGCCCUGAAGCGGGAAAAGGAUCGUCUGGUACAGCAGCUCAAACAGCAGACACAAAAUCGAAUGAAGCUAAUGGCAGACAACUAUGAGGAUGACCGCUUCAUGUCCUCCCGUUCCAAUCAAACCAAUCACAAACCCUCCCCAGACCAGAUCAUCCAGCCCCUCUUAGAACUUGACCAAAAUAGAAGCAAAUUAAAGUUGUAUAUUGGACACCUGACAGCCCUCUGCCAUGACCGAGACCCCCUGAUCCUUCGUGGACUCACUCCACCAGCUUCCUAUAACUUGGACGAUGACCAGGCAGCUUGGGAGAAUGAGCUGCAGAAGAUGACCCAGGAACAGCUUCAGAAUGAGCUAGAAAAAGGUGAACGGGACAAUGCAGAACUGCAGGAGUUUGCCAAUGCCAUUCUCCAGCAGAUAGCAGAUCAUUGCCCCGACAUCCUGGAGCAAGUGGUCAACGCGCUGGAAGAGUCAUCCUGACCCUGCCUCAGGGGGAGCAGCCAGCCCAGCAGCCUCCUAUAGUAAAUCCGGGAGCCAAGAAAGAAGAGCUGUAAGGGAGGACCAGGCACCCAGGAGCUUCUCAGCACCCAACAAACACUACAAACUGUAUCCUAUCUUGGUUGGCCCUUCAGGUGUGACUCCCGCACCCUCUACAGUUGUCAUCUUAACUCUGCCUUUCUGCUUUGGAUAUUGUCUCUACACUAAUUUUCUUGAUGUCCAGGGUGGGUAAGUGACCAAGUUUCUGUGAAGAGCUGCCAUCUGGCCAUCAGCGGUGGAGGACUGUGGAAGCUGGUGGCUCUGCCCUUCCAGCGGGACAUGGAGUAGAGAGCCCGUUUUACCUCUGUCCUUGACACAAGACCUGAAUCUGGAAUCUCCUCGGAGUUCAACUAUUGAAAGAAACUUCCCAAUGGACCAGAGAGCUGAGUGUUCUAAUAUCACAACAGGUGCUUUCUCCUAAAAGGGUUAAAAAAAAAAUCUUAAAAAGAGAGGGGGAAAGAGAGAACAGGGACAAAGAGAAACUGACUCUUACUUUUUCUUUCGCUCACUUUCACAUGUAAUAUGUUACGCAGGGGAGCUGCAAGCAGGCCUCCUGAGGGCUUAGUGAACGCUAAUACCACAGAUUUGGAGUCUUCACCCAGUCCUGUCUCACUCAUCCUUGCUCUUCUCAACCAGUUAACAAGAGGGUGGUGUGAAUGGUUCUCCCCCCAUCCCUCUUGUUUAAGACCUUUGACCUUAUUAGUCUGUCAGACCAUAUGUCUCAGCCUGAAAGGGGAGAGGGAUUGGAUGCGAGACCUUGCCGUCAACCACCUGCCGCUCUCCUUCUUUAGAAGAUGACCGCUCCUUGGGCCCAGGCUGGUUUCUCCUAAACAUCUCCCUCAUCGGCAUUCUAGGCCCCUGAGCCCCAAAAGAAUGCUUCUGCCUUCCCACCACCCAUGUUCCAUGCUCUUGCAGCUCAGUGGUUGCUGAAGUUUAUGACCCCACCUUCUACCCUUUUAGUUUCUCUCUUGAUGUGCACUCCCAGAACCAUAGCCUCGUGCGUUGUCUGGAACCUCCCUUCUGGCAGAAAUGAAUGUUUCUCAUCCCAUAUACA